UUAUCGCCAUUGAACUCCAGCUUCCAUUCACAAGCCCAUGGCCCUGCCCUCCCUCGCUAUGAAUCUCUGGGAGAUGCUCGUCCGUCGCAGUCCGAUGUUCAUCUACAUGGCCGCGUGGACGGCCCUCAUCACCGCGACGGUGGCGGUGGCGGCUUUCUCUCCGGAGGUGGCGUUCGUGUGGGCCGUGUCUCCGUCGUCGUCCUUCGCACGGGGUUGCAUUGGCGUCGGUGGCGCCGUGAGGCUCCCGGUGGAAGGGCCACCAGGGGAGGUGGUGUGCGUGCCCGUCCACCUCUUCGGCCGCUCCAAGGCCGAUUUCUUAAUCCCUCCGCUCUUCGCCGCCUUAGUAGUCGCCAGCUCCGUCUGCUUCACCCGAGCCGUCGGGCUGUGGGAGGCCGAAGACGAGGCGCCGCUCAGCUAGCCUAACCAACAAUCCAAUGAAGCGUUCGAGAACGGUUUCUUCUUGAACCAGGAAAAACCUCUUUUGGGAGGGAAGCGCUGGCAGGCGACCCUACAGAGAGGAACAUCAAAAGCACUGUAGGGGAACAUCAAAAGGUCCGCCUACGGAGGAAUUUGGUUUGCUGGUUCGUUCAGUAGAUAAGAAACGAGAACUCAAUUUUACGUUGAUUCAUAAGACUUUAUAUCUGUCAAUGUCGUUCCACGACUCUUUUAGCAAGCAGCAUACCUAGUAGAAAAG